CUUCGCCCGUGGGUACUGCAUGGCAACAUGACGCAAGCGAGCCACUAGCCUUACUACCAGUUCACCCUCCACGAGAAUCAGCCGAUCCCUGUGUGGGAGCAGCGCAUGUCAAAAUUUUCUGUUACUGUCACGACCAUAUGACUCGGACACAGUCCCACGUACGACUUGGAUGGUCGGGACAAUCAUAUUUACCCGAUGUCCGUCUAUGCUACAACCUGCUAUACUAUCAAAAGGAACUUCACGACAAGAAGACUUUGAGCAAUCUCAAGGUUUGCCGGCGCUCAAUUCUCCAAACAAUGAGCCACUCUAUCAAAUUGUGGAUAGUGGACUUUUCCCGGGAUCCUACAAAAGGCUCAUUGCCAGUCUCCGCAUCUUCAAUUUCUAAGACUUACAAGUCAUUUUCCAUCCCCAGCCUUCCUUGCUUAAUUUCUAGUUAGAACUUGAAGACCUUGCUGAUUCACAAAUGAUCACCGACCGUUUGCACGCAAUCCAAAACAGGGACACCGCAAGCACUUCUAGCGCGGAGUCAGACUCAGAUGACCGAUCGUCCCUGAUGGACGUGGAGUGGCACAACUUGGAGGACAGCCAUUACAGGCUGAACCCUUUGUGGCCUGAAAAUAUCUCAGACUCACUUCCCCCCGAACUCCAACCGUUUCUGCUAUCAGGUCCAGUGCGCCCUCACCACCUGCAAGACAACCAGACCGAUUGGGCUCUGUUACCCGAGGAUGAUGAGAGAGUUCACCCCAUCAGCGAAGAAUCCUCCCUGUCUGAAGAUGAGACAGAUCACUCCAUCAGCGAGGACUCGUUUGGGGAUGAGACAGACCACUCCAUCGGCGAGCAGUCUCCCGUUUCUGGCGACGAUAAGACACACCACAUCAUCGGCGAAGAGCCUUGCCUUUUUGGGGACUCGGAUGAGAUGAACUACACUGUCAACGACUCGGGAACAUCGACACCUACAAGUUUGCCGCAGGACCGCGCAGUGUUACCUAAUGUCGGAUCGCAGCCUCCAGCGUGGUGGCAAUAUCAUUGGGCUCCCUCUAAUGUCAGGCUACAGCAUCCCGGGGUCCAGCAUGAUGCUCGGAUGCCCUCCAGUGUCGGGUUCCAGCCUUCUGCAGGGCCGCAUUAUCCUUGGGCUUACUCUAAUGUCGAGCUACAGCAUCCUAUGGUCCAGCAUAAUGCUCGGAUGCCCUCUAGUGUCGGGUUCCAGCCUGCGGGGCAGUAUGAUACUUGGGCCUCCUCCAAUAUCGGGCUACAACAUCCCAGCAUCCAGCAUAAUACUUGGAUGCCCUCCAAUAUCGGAUUCCAGCCUCUCCCUGUGCCGCAUCAUUAUUGGAUGCCGCCGAGCGUGGGGGCCAGUAGCAUGGUGUUGCCACCUCCGAACCCGAUAUAUCCCUACUAUGCCACAAACACCGCGUUUCCGCCACACGCUCGAUUUUAUCCAUCUGCCAAUGCUUCCACAGCCUCACUCCCGAGGACGACGUCAUUUAGACAUGGUGCACAUAGACCGGGAAUGAAGAAGACCUGAGAAGAGAUUGAGGACUCGAGAAAUGGUGUAGAUAGAGAUUUCAGCGUUAUAUGUCGCAUAGAUCAUGUACACCAUUCAUUAUUAAAUGGGUACAUACAAGUCUGUAUAUACAGUCUAGCAAUCUGAGUCGAGAUUG